UGGAACGGAACUUACGGAAGCCAUGAUGGAAGUUCGCGAGUGCAGCCUGGGGCUGGGAGAAACGAGUCAGUACUGGGAAAGGGACGUUUCAGGGAAGAACGACAGGCGUGUUGUAAAAAAAAUAAAAAUCGAACACAUUGGUAGUCUUUGAACUGGAGGCUGUCAAUUUUCCCUCAAAAAAAAUUGUCGGAUGACUGCUUUUUUUUUCUUUUUUAAAAGAAUUGACAUGCUAUGCGCUAGCCAUAUCUAGCUACGUGUGUGCCGAGAUCGAGUGUGUCAGUCACUUUUCUGGGCAAGGAACAUCGGGGAGAUUUCUCUCCACUUUUCUGGCAUAAUCACGGCGCUUUUGGCGAAAUCAGAUACUUGGUAUUCUCUUGAAAUACAACGCUCCGGGGGCUGGAUAAUUAAUCACCUAUUCAUCUGGGGGGUUUUAUGUGAAAUUGCGGGACCUGUGAAGCCGGGCCUGUGGUGGAACGGAGUGAGGCCCUCCUUUAUGACCUAUCGGCAGCAAAAACUAUUCUAGCUAGCACGGCUAGCUUAGCUAGCUGUCAACGUUUGACACCAACGGGAUUGAGAGGAAGAAAAAGUAUUGGCAACAUUUCAUACAAAGGCAACGAUACUUUCUCUUAAUUUAAAAACGUUAAAGACUCCUGCCACAGAUAUGGCUGCAAUCAUAAAGGAAAUUGUCAGCCGAAACAAAAGGAGAUACCAGGAAGAUGGGUUUGACUUGGACUUGACUUAUAUUUAUCCAAACAUAAUUGCUAUGGGCUUUCCUGCUGAAAGACUUGAGGGUGUCUACAGAAACAACAUCGAUGACGUAGUACGGUUUCUGGACUCUAAACACAAAAAUCAUUACAAGAUAUAUAAUCUGUGCGCUGAGCGACAUUAUGACGCAACCAAAUUCAAUUGCAGAGUUGCACAAUAUCCGUUUGAGGAUCACAAUCCGCCCCAGCUGGAGCUGAUCAAACCGUUCUGCGAAGAUCUUGACCUUUGGUUAAGUGAAGACGACAAUCAUGUGGCGGCGAUUCACUGUAAAGCUGGAAAGGGACGUACGGGUGUCAUGAUCUGUGCUUACCUAUUACACCGGGGGAAGUUCCUCAAAGCACAAGAAGCUCUCGACUUCUACGGCGAAGUCAGGACCAGAGAUAAGAAGGGAGUAACGAUCCCCAGUCAGAGGCGGUAUGUCUACUACUACAGCCACCUUCUGAAGAACCAGCUGGAGUACAAACCAGUGGCUCUGCUGUUCCACAAGAUGGUGUUCGAGACGGUGCCCAUGUUCAGUGGCGGAACGUGUAGGGACACUUCCGUUAAAAACAAGAGUGAGCAGAUUCCACAUGGUUUCAGAAAAGGGAAUUGGCACUGGGAUCCUCAGUUUGUGGUGUACCAGCUGAAGGUAAAGAUCCACACGUCCAACCCGGUGAACACACGUCGGGAGGAGAAAUACGUGUUCUUUGAGUUCCCCCAGCCGCUGCCUGUGUGUGGAGACAUCAAGGUGGAGUUCUUCCACAAACAGAACAAAAUGAUGAAGAAGGACAAGAUGUUUCACUUCUGGGUGAACACCUUCUUUAUCCCUGGACCAGACGAGAAGGUGGAGAACGGGACAUUACCGAAGGAGCAGGAAGGAAUCCCAACCACAGGAGGAACGGGAGACAACGACAAGGAAUGCCUGAUCCUCUCACUGACGAAGAACGACCUGGACAAGGCCAACAAGGAUAAAGCAAACAGAUACUUCUCCCCCAACUUCAAGGUCAGUCAGGUGAAGCUGUACUUUACCAAGACUGUGGAGGACCCCUUCAACUCCGAGGCCAGCACUUCCACCUCGGUAACGCCAGACGUUAGUGACAACGAGCCUGACCAUUACCGAUACUCUGACACCACAGACUCUGACCCAGAGAAUGAACCGUUCGACGAAGAGCAACUCACACAAAUAACAAAAGUGUGAGAGAUUUCUAUGGGAUGUGAAAAAGAAAGAGGAAAAAAAUACUGCUUUCAGGGGGAAAAAAGGAGAACUUGAAUAUAAACUGAAAAGCAAGUACUUUUUUCCUCACCAACCUAUGGCAGCAAGACAUUUGCGUCAUGGAAAAUGCCACCAAUUUAAGAACAAUAAUGCUGACCAAUUUUAUUUUAUUUUUUAAAAACUUUUUUGCCCCGCCCCCACUCUUUCAUCCGAAAAGUAUUGACACCGUUGUUGAGUGGAAAAAGGUUCAGUAGCUGUAAUGUAAUAUACCUUUUUGGUUGUUGUCAAAAACUAGAGAAGAUUUCCACGAUCAGGAGAUGGGAGAUCUGGUAUUGGAGAGGCUUAUUGGAAAUCUACAUUUGGCUGCUCCAUCUCCUUGUGGAAACCAAGGCCAGUGCUUCUGUCACUUUCUCCCCCUUCAUCCAUUGUCCUCCACCACGCCCUUACCCCCCCCUUUCAUCCUACCUACUGUGAAUGCUCCUUGUGCUUUUUGCAGGCUGUCUCACAUGAGUUUGUGCAGUAUAAACUGCAUGUUAGAAUUUCUCCAGUUUAAUUUUGAUUAUUGUUAUUGUCAUUAUUAUUAAGCUACAUGACAUCUAACCAAUGUCCAUUCCUUCUACCAUUUCUGUUCAAGGUAUGCAGAAAAGCAGUAUCCCGUGUAUUGUUGAUGUUUUUAUGUUAAGAUAAAUAAUAUAACAGAGAACUGCAGGGAAGCCAGUGUUGCAAUAACGUUAACACUAUAGUUAAACGACAAACAGUGUGCAUGUUAUUGGAAUCGAUGUCCAUCUUGUUUAAUAAAUUGUAUACAAUGUUUUUCAACAACAAAAAACUAAGAUUUCUAAAGUCAUUUAAGAUCUGAUUGUAUUUAGCCAGGAGGUCAAAAAUGACAUACUUUAUUCUCAUGGUAUCUGCAGGCAUGAUUUCAGUCUUUUGGCAAGCCAUUUAGAAUGGCCUUGUGUUUUUAUGAUACAGUACAUGGCGUUUCCCCUCGUUUUAAUGGUAACCAGAUAGUUUUGGGGAUCAUCACAGAAGACAAUAGUACAGAGUGCUGACUGACUUGAUGGUUCAUGUUUUGAAUUAGUGACUACUUCAGUGUGUCAUGUGCUUAUAGAGGGGUAAGCUGUUCCAAAUGUGUACCUUUUAACAUGCCGUACUAGAACAUGUAUCAAAACCUGCAUUAGUGAUUUUGUCGGUUUCUCCUCAGUCUCUAGAAAAUGUUGUUUUUGUUGUUGUUGACAAACUGCACUUUUGACAUCUUAGUAUGUGUCUGGACCCACCAGAAGUGGUGGUGAUGGUGACCUACUCUUAGUUCAGUAAGGCCCAUAGGCUUAGAGCUGAUGCUUGGUCAGAGACCGUGGGAGCAGAGGUAUUGAAUGUAAAGCGUUGUCUCUGAACCGAUCCAAGGGUGUUAAUGCAGGUGUUGAUCAACCCAGGAGUGGAUAAUAUGUGAACUUAGGCGCUCUAGGUAUCUUUCUCUUGUGAAAUCAGAUCUUUGGCUCCUUGACUGACUUGUUUGCAGCCUUAUCGUACUUGGUCCAAUGAGAUCCGGAUCACUUGUUGGCAAUUCCACGGAAACCGAGUGAUGCUGAGACUCAAAUUGUUCACUUUAUAUGUCAAACAAAAACCAAAUGAUUGGAAAGUUCAACAAACCAUACAACUCUAUGCACAAGGACUACUUAACGAUUUCCACAGAAAAAGUUACAAAAACACAUUUACUUGAAGGACAAGUGCAGAUGUAAAGUUUGGUAACAGAAUGAUUGCACCAACAUCACAAAUCAUUCUGUUACCAAGCUUUUUCUUCAAGUAAAUGUGUUUUUGUCAAAUUCAGUGGAAAUGAAGUAGUCCUUGUCUAUAGACUUGUAUUGUUUGUUUAACUUUGCAAUCAUUGGUUUUUGUUUGACAUUCUAAGUGAAAACUCUUAAGACUCUGCAUCACUCUGUUACCGUGGAGUUGCACUUGUAUAUCCAACAAAAGGUGCUUACAAACUGCCAAACUGCAUACUUAAGAUCAAUAAUAACAACAGAGCCAAGAAUCUGUUCCAAUCAUAUGGUGCAAGUAAUUUCAGUGGCACACACUACUUCUGUGUGUGAGAACUGUUAACGUGCACGCCCACGUGCAUACUUCUGCAGUCGCUGUCCCUUACUGGCUGGGGUUCUUUUUCAGUUUUUUUGUUCUGUUCUUUUCCUUUUUACAAACAGGUUUCAUUUCGUGGAGGAAUGAGAAUAGUGCAGCUACAGAUUUUACAGAAAGUCUUGUGCUUGCUUCAGAAAUAUAUACAAAUCCCUAAACUAUAUGAGCAUAUUUAAUUAUGCAUAAUUUCUUUUAAGCAUGCCAAAAGAAAAAGUAACACCUGACCUGUGGCAUGCUACGGGCCAGACCAAAAAUCUUCAGUCUCUUGGGCAGGAAUCUUCAGUGGGUAGUGAUGUAAGCUGCCUUUUCUUGUACUUUUGACAUUAAGGCUUCCCUCUUUUCACAACCCCAUCACACAUUGUUUUAUCUCGACUUGUUUUUUUUUAGAAUGAAUACUUUCCCUAGGUGUUGAAAGGAGACACUUCUUCAUUGCAAAAUGUACACUAGCUAACCCAGGAACACUCAAUCUAGAUGUUAUAUUUUUGUUUACAUUUUAUUACUUCACUGAAAACCUGCCAAAAGUAAGCUUAUUUUAUUCAACAUUUUCUUUGUUCUUGGAGGCGGGGCCUAUGGAGGUAUUCUUUGCCUUACUUGAAGUUGACAAUGCUUACUCUGCUACUGCUUUGAAAUCUACCAUUCUGCCCAAGCACUGACUUGAUAGUUCAAGUACUUAUUUAAAGCUACUAUUAAUAGAGCAACAUAUUGUACUAGACUUUUGCACUGUUACAGGUUUUUGCAGGGUUUCAGUCAGUGGUCCACAGUAUUCCCCCCCCUCCGUUGUUCCCCUCAGUAAAACAAAUGCCUUGCAAUCAGUGAAAGAAGGUGGAAUAACAUGGCUAGUUGUACCUUAAUCUUGUAUCCAUGCAUCCCCCCCAUAGAAACCAAAAGGUGUUUGAAUGAAAAAUGUCCUGACCCUUUUAUUAUAUAAAAAUAAACUCUGGAGGAAAAAAAUGAAUAAACUAUUUAUGACAGUAUUCUGUUAAAUACACUCUGCAGGUAGUAUUUAUUUUUAGCCCGAUUAGUAGAUCUGGAUCAUAUGCUUACUAUUUUGGAUGUUCAGCAGCUUAAAUGUAUGAAUCUAUUCAAGGGCAUCUCUGUUAACGAGCUUAUUUUAAAGUAACUGUCCAGUGAAAUUCAAACUUUUUCAAAAGUUAACUCCUAUCCAUAUAAUGUUGACUCGUCUUAUACUCAUUUGUGGCAAAAGCAUACAUUGGAAGAAAAAAAUACUCAACACCUAAAAGUUGUCUGCCUGUUUAAAACAAUGCUUGCCAUUUCCUUAUAGAGAAUGUCAUCCUGCCUUAUUGGCUGAGCUGUCCAAUCAGCUGUCUACUUGCAUUUGAUAUUUUUAAUGACCGGUAUAUGCCCACACCAUUCUGUUGGGGUACGCCCACACCAUUCCAACACAGAGAAGCUACUUUUUAACAUGCUUAAUUACCCUUUUUUUUUUUCAAGGAAAAGUACAUCAUUUGUAGAAAUCUGGAAACACUGGACAGUUACUUCGAGUUAAGGCCAUAAGCCAUCCCCUAGACAUCUGUAGCCCCACUUGAAAAACAUUUUGCCACAGUACCUUAACAUAAAGUACAAAUAUAGUAAAGGGGAAACCUACGGGAACCAUUUUUAUAUGGCACGGGCUAAGACCUGUGGAGUUCACGGGCAGCAUCAAAAAUAAUUAAGUUUCAGCUCUAAAAAAAAAAAAUUAAAAUCAUCUUAAAAGGUGCCAGUGUGUAAGAUUCAUGUCACUCAUUUUUAGCUGAUUUGUGCAAUAUGUUAUGAUGCCUGUCUGUGGUUGCCACAAAGUGCCUCUUGUUUACUAUUUGAGAAAAAUAAAUAAAAAAAACGUUUUUUAAAAAAGUGCUUGUUAAAUACUGUUGUAGGACAUGUCAUGCAUGCAGAUGGAAGGGGUGCAAUAAAUCAAAAUAGGCUUUACCUGCAAAAGUGGGCAGGGCUAGCUGCCUGGUUCCUGCCACUCGCCAUUUUUAGGAUUUUUUUUCUCCCUGGGUUUAAUUUUGUGCAAAGGUAUGUUAACUCACUCUAUUUUCAGUCUUUAAAAAACAAAAAACAAAAAAAACAGCCUUAUUCCAUUUCAGCCUGUUUGGAUACUAUUGUGCUGUGCAACAGUUGCUCUGUGUGUAAUGCUAUGCACUGAGAAUACACAACCAACAAUGUACGGAAAGACUUGUACAGGUUAUAAUUAUGCUCAUACAAAUCAGAUGUCUGUUUGUUAUUGUAUGUGUAAACUGCCCAUUAUCUUAGUGUUAUAAACUUCACGUAAGUCCAAUAAAGUCUCAUUCUUGUC